AUGCAGGGGCAGAAAACUGAAGCAAAUGUUGUGAACUACAACUCUAGCCUGAGUGCGUGCGAGAAAGCAUUUUCGUGGGUGCAGUCUGCUGAAAUGUUUGAUUGCAUGGCAAUGGUAAUGGUAGAGGCAGAUUUGAUCACGUACAGUGCCUUAGCCAAUGCUGUGGAGGCAAAAGGAUACUGGCGGACGGCGGUGGACAUCAAUUUCCAACUUCGCGAACGAGGCUUACAGGCAGAUGUUGUCUUGGGCAACACGGUCAUCAGUGCCACGGAGAAAGGCAAUCAGUGGACCGUGGCGAUCAGUCUUCUUGACCAGAUGAGUCUGUCGCAUCUGAAGAGAACUGAGAUCACUGUCAACUCUGUGAUCAGCGCCUGCGAGAAGGGCUUGCAGUGGAAGCAGGCAGAGUCGUUGCUGUUCAUUCGCCCACCAGGCUAUGGAUCAGGGCAGCUACACAUAGCAGCCGACACCUUCGCGUACAACUCUGUGAUGAGUGUCUAUGAGGAGUGCAGCCUUUGGAUGCAUGGGCUCAGUGCCCUGUCAUUGAUGUCCAGCAAGCACGUCCGGGCCGACGUGGUGACUUUUACUUCAUCCAUCGGUGCGUGUGAGUGGGAGCACUGCUAUGAGCUGUUGCACGUCAUGCCUGGACAUCGCGUCCUUCCAAACGUGGUGGCCAUGAGCUCUGCAAUCAGCUCAGCAGAGAAAGGUGAUCAAUGGGAGCUUGCACUUUGCACUCUGGCGCUGAUGUUGAAGCUGAAAGUCUCCCCAAACGAUGUGAGCUUCAACAGUGCCAUCAUCGCUUGUGCUCGCGGUGGGAAAUGGGAGCUGGCUCUCCACCUACUCGAGAAGAUGAUGGAUCUACAUCUGGCACCGGACUUGUUCACAGGCACCUCGACUGUCUGGGCACUGGAAACAACCGGGGAAUGGCAGCAAGCGCUCGAUUUUCUAGAAUGCAUGCCUCAAACCCGCGCGAAGCCCAACGUUUUCGGUUGUGCCUCCGAUGUCAAUAUCUGCGAACGUCAAGGUGAUUGGCAGAAGGGCUCGAGGUUGAUCAACAUCUUGUCACAGGUGGCGAUGCUACGCAUCUAG